AUGCCCCUCCCCCGUCCACCAUGGUCCCUCCCAGUCCCAUCCCUAACAACAGUCACCACAGAGGAGGAGGAGGAGGCUGUAGUAUGGAGCAGCUCAGUCAAACUAACCUGUACAUCAGAGGACUGCCCUCUGGGACCAGUGACCAGGACCUCAUCAAACUAUGUCAACCAUAUGGGAAAAUAGUGUCAACCAAGGCCAUACUGGACAAGAACACUAAUCAAUGCAAAGGAUAUGGCUUUGUGGACUUCGACACCCAGACAGCAGCCCAGAAAGCUGUAGCCUCUCUAAAGGCCAGCGGAGUCCAGGCACAGAUGGCCAAGGUACAG